AAAUGUCACAAGAAAAUGGCAAACUGGCACCACUUAUGGCACUGUCUUGGGAGAGGAUGCCAGUGUAGCUUCCUGAAAAGCAAUGGCAGGAUGUACCCAAGUCGAAGUCCCUCACCAAGACCUUUUCUUACAAAAGAUAAUGAAAGAACACCCGACAUUAUGAUGCAACCAGAGAAUCCCACGGUUAAGGAUCCUGCCCAGGUGGCAGCCAACAACCGUCUGGCGCAAACGCAGCAGCAAGUGAAUGAAGUGGUUGACAUCAUGAAAACCAACGUGGAGAGGAUAAUGGAGAGGGAAGACAGGCUGACGGAGCUCGACAGGAGAGCUGACAACCUGACUAUGAGCGCGGCUGAGUUCCAGACGACCUCUCGCAAGCUCAAGAAGAAGUAUUGGUGGAAGAACACGAAGAUGACCAUCAUCCUGGUGUGCGUAGUCAUCGUCGUCAUCAUCAUCAUUGUCUUUGCCUGCGUCGGGAUUCCCUCAGGAGGCAGCAGCGGCGGUGACACUCCUGCUGUGACAACGGGUGCUCCUCCGCCUGUCACGACUUCAACGCCAGCCUAGAGCGUCCUGAGGAAGAGGAAUUCCUUGUUGUUUUCCCGUUAAAAAUAAGUUUCGUAGAUUUGGUUCGCUAGUCAUCUGUUUUAUGUUUUUUUAUUUUUAUUUUUAUUGAUUUCUUUUUUUAUUAUUAUCAUUUAUCAUUUAGGUAAAGCAGGUUUGAUAAUCAUACGAUUCGCUGUAGUAAUUUUUAUUUCAAAUUAGGGUUUAUAAAGUCACGGUGAACUGUUUUGUUUUUAGGAGAAGCUGGUUUGACAAUCUUUAGGCUCGUAAUACCUAUUUUUAUUCAAAAUUAGGAUCAUAAAAUUGCAGUUUAUAUUUUGGGAGAAUUAAUCGAUUCGUUGUAGUCAUUUUGAUUCCAAAUUAGGGUUCAUAGGAUUACGAUUAACAGUUUACUUUUUAGGAGAAGCAGGUGUGAUAAUCAUUAUGUUCGUAGUGAUCAUUUUUGUUCCAAAUUGGGGUUCAUAAACAGUAAACAGUUUAUAGUAAGGUUUGUAAGAUCACAUUUGUUAUUCUUUAAGGAUGAAGUUUCCGAAAUAAUGACAGUAAGAAAAAAAAAAAAAAAAAAAAAACAGAUUCUGGAAUAUUCACAGAAAGGAGAGAAUUGUAAAAAAAAAAAAAAAAAAAAAAUCAAGAGUAUUCACAUAAAAAGAAAACUGUGUAUGAAAGAUUCUAGAAUAUUCACAGAAUAAAAGAAUUGUAA